UAGCCGCUUCAUCGGCGCUCAUAGCGCAGCCGCGAGCGGGAAAGGAACGCCGAGCCGUUAAAACCCAGUGCUCGAGCUCCCCAAACCCUCCAACUCAGAUCCGCAAAUUCGACACCAUUUCUCGCCGCAAUUCAGCAACAACGAAAACAACAAAAAAAAUUGGGUUAUGUUUGAGUUACGUCUGCACGGUCGUUGCUAUGGCGGGUGUCUCUGGAGCUCAGGCUCAACUGGAAGCCGCACUACUGGAAGCUGCUGGCCAAGUCCAGAAAGAACAGCUCAUCCUUCAAUAUCUUGGAAAGAUAGAUGGUGGGGAGACCGAAUUAAAAGCCCCUGAGUUUGCUGAAGGUCUGGAAUGGGUGAACACUGAAAGUCCUCUCCUCCUACACAAAGACCUUUGUGGUAAAGUAGUGAUAUUGGAUUUCUUCACUUACUGUUGCAUCAACUGCAUGCACUUGCUGCCAGACCUUCAUGCUCUAGAAGAGAAGUACUCUGAUAAAGAUGGCCUGGUAGUUGUUGGUGUUCACUCAGCAAAGUUCCCAAAUGAAAAGGUUCUUAAGAACAUUCAAAAUGCUGUCCUUCGUUAUAAUAUUACCCAUCCAGUUGUGAAUGAUGCUGAUGCAAAACUGUGGCAAGAGCUUGAGGUGACAUGUUGGCCAACACUAGUGAUUCUAGGUCCGCGAGGAAAUAUUCUGUUCACUCUGAUUGGAGAAGGACACAAGGAAAAACUUUUUACCUUGAUUUCAGUGACUUUGAAGUACUACAAAGAUAAAGGAGAAAUUAUGGAUCAUGCCAUCAAACUGAAAUUAUACAAAGAUUCUUUGCCACCUUCGUCAUUGCUUUUUCCAGGUAAAAUUGCAGUAGACAAUGCCACAGGUAGACUAGCAAUUGCUGACUCUGGCCAUCAUAGAAUUCUGGUGACCGAAAAGAAUGGUGAAAUUCUUCAUGCAGUUGGAGGACCAAAGAGUGGAUGGAAAGAUGGAAGCAUUUUCGAAGCCAGUUUUAAUUCCCCUCAAGGAGUAUUGAUAAAGGAUAAUAUCAUCUAUGUGGCGGAUACUGAGAACCAUGCAAUAAGAAAGAUUGACCUUACAUCAGAAAUGGUAAGCACAAUAGCAGGAACAGGAGUUCAGGGAACUGACCACGAAGGUGGUAAGACAGGGGUGGAACAAUCCAUCAGUUCACCGUGGGAUCUAGCCUUUGGCACAUUUGCAGACAGUACCAAAGGUAGUCUUCUGUUUAUUGCAAUGGCAGGAACUCAUCAAAUAUGGGUCAUUUUUCUAGAAGAUGGAAAACUUCAUAGUGGAAUUGAGUAUAAAAAGGGAACAUGCAUUCGUUUUGCUGGGAGUGGGAAUGAGGAAAAUCGAAACAAUUCCUAUCCUCACAAAGCAGGAUUUGCUCAACCAUCAGGUCUAUCUGUAGCUCUUCCAGAAUGGAAUUGCCUUUUCAUUUCUGACAGUGAGAGUAGCACAAUCCGCUCUGUAUCCCUGAAGAAUGGUGCUGUAAAAAAUCUUGUGGGAGGAGAAAGGGAUCCUCUGAAUCUAUUUGCUUUUGGAGACCUGGAUGGUAUUGGAAUAAAUGCAAAGUUACAGCACCCUCUUGGAGUGGCUUGGAAUGAAAAGAGGAGUCUGCUGUAUGUAGCAGACUCUUAUAAUCACAAGAUCAAAGUAAUAGACCCGAAAACAAAACAAUGUACUACACUAGCAGGAACCGGCAAACCAGACAAUGUAAUUGGUGCUAAAUUCAACCAAGUUACAUUCAAUGAACCAGGAGGUGUAUGUGUUGGUGAACAUGGGGAUGUGCUAUAUGUGGUGGACACAAACAAUCACAAGGUCAAAGUGCUUGAUUUGGAAAUGCAGACAGUCUCUGUGUUGGCAAUCACUGCUGCAGUUGCUGUGGAUGCUUCCAAAUCUACAAAACCGAUGAAAAUUUCUAGGUUACCAAAAUCUGCGCAUUCAUUGCAAAUGGUUCCAUUAGUUGUGUCAUGUGGUCAGACUGUGCAGUUCUGCCUGAAGAUUGAUCUACCAGAAGGAGCAGAACUCACAGAAGGAGCACCCAGUUACUGGGCACUCUUUGCAGAAGGGCAUGACUGGCUAUUUGCUGGACAGAAGAUCAGUGGAACAAUUGUUGAUCUUGCAAAUCACCCUGGAGUGUUCUUUGUCAUUCCUGCUCAAGUAAAGACAAAUGCACUUUUGUUAUCUAUAGAUGUGUGCCUCUAUUUUUGUAAAAAGAAUGACAAUAGUUGCCAAAUGAAGGGAAUUUCAUUUCUACAACCAUUACAAUUCUCCAACAUCUGUCAAGGUACUAUUUCAAAAGUGAAUCUCAGUUUCAGCUUUUAAAAAAUAUUUUAAAGAAUGAUCUCGGAGAUAGUAAAAUCAAACAAAUGUAUAUCUUUUAGUUCUAGACCAUAAAGAUCUUAUUAAACAUUAUUUUUGAUGGCAUAGCAGGUUAAUAAAUUCUUGAUUUAUUUAUAGUUACCAAAGUUUGAAUCCAGCCCAACCUGAUAAGUUGAAAAUCUUGGUGUGACUUUAUACAACCUAAUUCCAGGCCCCAUUCAUUUUUGACCUAUUAUAGCAAAACUCUUGGCAUUAAUGGCAUUGAAAUUGGAAACUUCGCAUGCGCCAUAAAGAAGGCUGGGUUCAGAAAUGGACAUACUGUAACAUCCCAAAUAAAGAGAUUAAUCUCCUGCAGUUAUAGUUGGGAUACAUUUUUAACAAAUUAAAGAAGCUUUACUCUACAGCUAGCUGUACUGUACCUAAGCAAGAGAGCUUAAAGUUGUCAACACUGUAAUUUGAAAUUAUACAAUUCCUCAACACAGGCCCCACUUGCUUUGCUAAACAUAAUGUUCACAAAAAGUUAACUAAGAUUAAAAGAAAAUCCAUACAAGACAAUUCUUCUUCUAAAAUAGAAACAAAUAGUUUCCUGAUGAAAAGAUUUUUUUAAUAUAAUGAAGUAUACAGGUAAAACUAAGGAAAACACAUUUAACCAGAAUUCAGGCAGUUCUGUCCAAAUUCUCAAGAAAUGAAAGAAUACUUUGCAAUCCUCAGUUGAGCUUUUAAGUAUAGCCAACAACCAAUAGAAACUGGUUAGAACAAUAAGAAUUCUUGGUGCUGUCUCACAAUUGUAAUCAGUGCAGUCUUACUUAUAAAAUGCAAACAGCUGUUGCUAAGAAUUGGAGUGAUAUAGUACCAUAUAAAAUCUUGAGUGCGCUGACAUCAUUUUCUUAAAAAGCUUAUAAAUACCAAAAUGUUUGUUUUUUUAAGUUUAUUAUUGUUUAAGCUUCAACCAAUGAAUAAAUGAAUUGGAUGAAAAUGAAAGAAAUAUUGUAUGUAUUUAAAUCAGAUUAUGAAUAAUGGCAUACUAAAAAAAAACUGUUAACAUUGAUAAAUGAAAGCAGAAAGCACUUUGAAUUCUGAUAAAAUGAAGUGCAUGAUUUGUAAGCCUAAACAGUAUAUAGUUUAGUCUGAUUAUGAUCCGCCAAACCUUCUUUUGACAAUAUAUAAUUAAUUUUAUAUUCUUAUGAUAUUUGAGUUUUGCAAAUUAAAAACAGUGAAUACAGUGCUUUCUGUUAAUUUUUAUAUUGCUUGUGUUUGAAGCACAUUUUGUCUCACAGUCUUGUAUUUUGCAUACAUUUUGUUGCAUUGUCUGAAAGAAAAGUGUCUUUGUAUUUAAGUUGAAACAAGUAAACCUAAAUGUUCAGAAUUCUUUCCACAGAACAAAUUUAUUACAUUAAUGCUGGGUAUAUUGAAGCAAUAAAGCUGAUCACUUUUUAAUGUAAAAGUGAAGUUCAGUUGUCAAGUCUGCAAAUACUCAUGAAGUAAAUUUACUUGGUCUCAAACCAAAUUAAGUUUUGUACAUAUGACAGUGCUAAAAUCUUUGGGACGUGUAGACUUAUAAAAUGAUGAACUAGUAAUUACUAUUAAGUGUUCUCUGACCUGGUAAGUCACUCAGUUCAGGGGCAAUUAGAAAUAGGCAAGAAAUGCUGGCAUCCAAAUGAAGACAACUUCAACUGGUAAGGCUGUAUUUCUGGAAAUUUAAUUCAACAUAACUUGAUGCAUGGGGGGGUGGGGGAAGAGAUAUUUUGAGUAAAAUUCACUGAAAGAAGUAAGAUAUACUGAGUGAAGAGUUUGGUGAAUGGAGGGAAGGAGAAUUUUGUUUUUUCUACUACUUUUUUCAGGCCCUAGCAUUUGACUUUCAAUUUUAGUCAACAAGAGAAAAACAUAGAUUAACAACUAGUAUUAUUAGAAUCUGGAAGUUUUAUUGUAAAUUUUAGUGACAGUGCCAAAACCUUUUAAGUGAUAUAGGCUGUAUUAUAAAAUAAUGAAUUAACAUAUCACUGUCCUGCCAUUUCUAAUAUGAUGCAGUUGCAAAAUGUGAGACCUUCUGGGUGUCAUUGUGAUCAAAGUGAAUAUAUCUUAGGAUUAAAUACAAGAGAGGAGUGGUUAUGUUUACAGGGCAUUAAUACUAGUUACUGUACUUAUAGAAGGAUGUUGACCCAUUGGAAAUAGUUCAGACAAGGUUUACUUGCUAAUAUUUCAAAUAAGAGGAUUGCCUUAUGAAAAAAGGCUAAUCACACUAGGCCUUUACCCAGUGAGGUUUAGAAGAGUCAGAGGUGACUUGAUUGAAACAUAAGAUCCUAAGGAAACCUGACUGGGUGGAUGUCAAAAGGAUGCUUCCUCUUGUGGAAGUAUCUAGAACUAGGGGCCAUAGUUUAAAAAUAAAAAGUUGCCCAUUUAAGAC